AUGACGUCCCUUCAAUGCGAUAACAUCCUGCAAGAAGAUCCAAACGAUGGCCUUGGCCCGGAAACUGAAUUCCUGUCGAUGAGCAGCAUUAUGGAAAGUACAAAUUUGAUUUAUGAAACGAUGCGCGAUACCCCACGUCCUGUGGCUGUGCAACGGAAACGUCCACGUUUUACUGGGAGAAUCAAAAGUGCCAAACCUGAUGGUAUCAAAUCAAAGAACCCACUUAGCCUUUUGCCUUCAGUAUCUCAUAUCCCACUGCGAUCGAAACCACAACCAAUAAAGGUUCCUGCUUUAAUCAAAACUGGUUCAUCCUCUAGCUGUAGACCUCUCUCAUUAUCUGCAAGUCGUAAUAAUAAUUGUACUGAUACCAAACACACUUUGGAAGUUCAAUUUAUCAAUAAAAAUAAAAUGUUUUUGCAAAUGAAGCGUGAAUUGAAAGAAAAACAAAUGCCUGUUGUGGAGCUACAUAAAACUUUGAUGAAAAUUAAGACAAAAUUGGAACAAUUUGGAAAAUUUGUUACAUUGGAAAAUAUAGAAAACGUUAAAAGUUUACCACAAGAAGUAACCCAACACAUGAGAAACUAUUUGGAACAAAUACCAAAAACUACGAGGGACGUUUGUAAAAGCUUACUCAGCAGCAGAGAUCAAAUGGUGGAAAUUUUAGAGAAACUAGCUAACUCCGAGUUUAAUCUCUCUGAUGUAUCAACUAAAUUAGAAACUUUAAAAAAUGAAGGUCAAACACUGGAAAGUUCCUUAGAAGCCGUGAUAGCAGGCCAACAAGGAAACAUAAAUGAAUUAGUUGGUAAAUGGGAAUCCCUUUCAAGUUCCAAACAUUCUGAAGAAUUGGAAUUUCAAGGUCAAGAACAUGAGAAACUAAUGCAAGAAUCUAACAAUGUAAUUAAUAAUUUGCAACGCAAAAUGAACGAGCGUAGAGUGGCUUAUGAUAAAUCACAAGCCGAAUUGAAUGGUAAUAUGCAUUCUUUAAGAACUCAAUUACGACAACUUGAAAAUGAUUUACAAAAUGAACGUAAUGACACUAAGCAAAUUAAAAGCAAGCAUACAGCAGAUACUAAAAUGAUUAGAACGAUGAAAGAAAAAAUUAUCGAAUUAGAAAAUAACAAAGUGAUUUCAGAUGCUGCCACUGCUGAUUUGCAAUGGAAACAUACACUUUUACUAGAAAACCUAAAAAAUAAAGAGAGUCAAUGGAACCAAGAAAAACUAGAAAUGGAUAGGACCAUGAACCAACAAGAGGGCAUCUUAAAGCAAAUUGCAUAUGGAAAAACUGAUUAUGACGCAACUUUAGAAGUUAUUGACAGUCAAAAAAGUGAGCUACAGAACGAAAUUGAAUAUUUACGAAAUCAGGUCCGUAAGUUUUAUAAGGAAAGUAAAGAAUCUGCAAAAGAAAGAGACGAAGCACGAGAAAAAUGUGCCGAAUUAACAAAUCACAUCGCAGAUAUUAGAUUUCAAAAUAAGGAAAUUGCGAAUAAAGUUUGCGAUGACAUGAAACACGAUGUUUUCAAAGAAGCUGAACAAGAUCUAGAAAUAAGAGAGCUGAGAGACAAAGUAAUUCGUUUAGAAAGAGAAAAUAGCUUUCUGUUAGAAGAAAGAAUGUCGAUAGAUAAAAAUAAACCUAGUGAAAUGGAGAAAGAAGUUUCAAAACUAGAAGAUUGUAUUUUUAAACAUAAAUUGCUAUUAGAAGAGAGUGAAAAGAAACUAAUGCAAAAAUCCACUGAUAUAUUAAAUUUAAGAUUCGAAAUGCAACAGCUUAAAGAAAGAGAAGAAACUAUUAGCUCAAGUUGCCCUACUGGGCACUUGCAGCAGAUUAUUUAUGAAAGUCAACAUAGGCUCGAUGCAUUACGGAAAAUGACAAUCGAAAAUGAACAAACAUUAGAACAACACACUUAUAUGAUGGAGAAAAAAGACUUAGAAAUAAGUUACUUAAAGAAUUUAGUGCAAUACCGUGCCAAUAUCACUAACCUAUUAAAAGAAAACAGAGAGGAUUUGUUACUUGAAAGAGUAAGUUUGUCCAAAUAUUCUAGCGAAUUGCAAGAGCAUUUGUCAAGCUCAGUUAAAUGUGGCAAAAUGAAAGAAGAGCUGAUUAAAGAAUUACAAGAUAUGAUCGAAUCAAGAGACAUACAAAUGCUGAACAUGGAAAAAGAAAUCGAAGAUCUUGAAUCGAACUUGGUAAUAACAAACGACAAAAGGUUCAAAUUGCAAGAAACUAUCGAGUGGAUGGAGAAGGAAAUACAGUUUACUAAGGCACGCGUUAUUAAACUGACCGAUAUUAAUACUAGAAGUGGACGUAAAAAAAAAUAG